ACUUCCAUCUCUGAUGAUCGUGUUUGAGAGCUGAUAAUGAUGAAGAUGAAGCUGCGAGCGGCGGGAGGCGAAAAUCACCGAUGCGACUUGAAUUCCGUUAACGGAACCGAUCGGGAGAGCGGCACCGGAGCGGCUCCGCUCGAUAAGGAGACGGUGUUCGAGUGGUUCGGCUUACAGCUGAACCCGGCCGGACGCGUAGAACUACUGUGCGGGCUGCUGCAUAUGUGUCAGCCGCUGGAGCUGCGCUACCUCGGCGCCUGUCUGGAGGAUCUGGCCCGGAGAGAUUUCACCGUCCUGCGGGACUUCGAGAUCCGGGCCAACUGCCCCGCUGAUCUAGAGGGGCUGGUGGACGUAAGCGACCCCGUGGUGCUGUCCAAACUGCUAGUUUAUUUGUCUUUGCUCGGAUCCAAGAGCAGGGAAUGCGCCGCGAUUCUCUUCAGGACGUUGAGUCGAAUGGACGCGGGGAUGUGCGGGGCUCUACCGGAGCCGGAGACUGUGGACCAACUGCUGCUGCUCUUCACGAUGGGCUCGUUACACCCGGCGUUCAGUUUCCAUCAGCGGGAAGAGCUGCGUGCGCAGUUGGACAGACUCCAAAGAUGGAGCCAGUUUUCCAGGCCGGGGUUCCUCUGUCGACACCGGGAGAAUGACGUAGACUGGACUCUUUGCAGCAACACCAAUCCACACCUCAGCGGCACGUCGCAGAGGGAAGUGGUGCACAUUGAGAAGAUCAUUCUGAAGGAGGUUUCUAUGGGAGGAGACGGCAGGCAGUACAGUUUUGAGGUGAAAUGGUCAGACUCUUCAUCUACUGCUGUCACCAAAACUCAUCGUGAGUUGGAGGACUUUCUAUUAAAGCUUCCUAAGGAGCAGAGCCCUGACGGCUUUGAGAAGGGCAUCGUCAGAUUACUCAGUCGUGGAGAUCAAUGUGAAUCCAGAGAACUGGAGAGAAACCUCAGGGAGAAGUUCCUGUCUUUAUCACAGGACGUCCUUCAGAGAUGUGACGUUUCCAGGUUCUUCCUGUCUGAUGCUCCUGUACUGCCAUGUAGCCACUGUACCAGUGCGCCCGUGACCAGAAUCCAUCAGCCUGAACGUGGUUUCUCCGAGGACUGCUCCGAGACUUCCAGCCUAGAGGAGGAUGUGGAGGCUUACAGUGUCAGAGCUGCGGGACUGAGUAAUCAGCGCUCUGAAUGCCAGAGGAGAGGAAACUGUGAGCAGAAUGGAGAGAGAGUUUGGAAGAAAGAAACUGAAUUGGAACAGAGCUGCACCAGUGACAGAAGAAUCUUCACAGCUGGACAGAAGAACAAAGGAAGAUCAACUGGAAAAAGGGAUAGAGGCCGGCGAGUUGUUGGUGUCAAGAGUUCUAAUGGGAUCCAGAAACCUUCUGCAACACUGAUGAUCAACCAGGCAUCUUGCAAAGACACAGGAAGGGACCGGUAUGGGGGGGACACAUCAUCAGAGAGCUCAAACUCAGUGCCAUCUAGCCCUGUUCACCAGAAGAGCCUGGAGGACCAAGAUACUGAAAGUCAGUCGGAUAACUCAGCCCAGGAACCAGCUGAAAAGACUCCCCUCGCAAAAGGCGUUGGCGGGAAAGCAGUUGCCAUGGUGAAUCCAUUAGUUGCUGAGCCCCAGAAUGUUCAGCAGCCGCCGCCUUCAGUUGUGGAGUUGGCGCUGACCGCGUGCCUCCCCUACUCCCUGCAGUACAACACCACCCAGAGGGACACUGGGCAGGGUAAGAUAACCAUCACCAUCCCACUGGCCCGAGACCCGGGAACAUCAUCGGCCAGCGUUCAACCACAGCAACAGCCACCGCUGGGGGCGUUCAGCGUCCUCUCGACCAGCCAGUGUCCUCUACAACCCGCCAACAAUCCCGUCAAAACAAACGCCAAGGCCUCCGUUACUGCCAGCGCCCCUUCCAGUUCCUGCCCUCUCUCCAGUAGCCAAGUACCGGGACCUUGCCCCACAAGUGUACCCACGCACACCCCAGGGCCGGGGCCCCUGCCAGCCCCCGCGGUUACACACAGCACCGCUCAGAGCGAUUCCUUGUCCUACAUCAACAGCUCCAGCCUGCCAGUUACCCCACAGGCCUGUGGGACACAGCAGCAGCAGCAGGGGGGCUGCAAUACCUGCGGCUGCCGUGGCACCUGUGGGGGCAACGGCACCCACCAGACACCCAGCUACUUCCUGCCACCCCAACCUGCACGUCAGAUGUUUGGGCCUCCUCCUCCUACCUUCUUCCACCUCCCUCCGUCUCUAUGCAACAGUUUCCCCGCCCAGGGUCAUCAGAAUAACGGGACACCUCUGCCCUUCUACGCCCAUAGCGGUCCUCCUGCUGCGUUUCUGCACGCUCACUCGGAUCACAUGCUGGCGUCGCAGGCGGGCUACAGCCUGCCUCAGAUGCCCCCCUUCCGUCGCUUUUACCCACCUGUCUUUCCACCAGUCGGCUUGAUGUCUGGCGGAACCAACAUGAAGAAGACCAACAACGUGUCCUGCUAUAACUGCGGCAUGAGUGGACAUUACGCUCAAGACUGUAAGCAACCGUCCAUCGACGCCGGGCUGACAGGUGGUUUCCGGCUGAAGUACGUUGCCCCAAACUCCUCAGAAGCACUUGACAAAACCGAUUGACAGCAAGCAGGGGACCAAAGCCCUGCCAGCCAGCGAUUCCAGAGACCCUUUAGAUGGAGUUUGUUCUGUUUGUAUAAGCAUCCUUGUUUGGAGAGGUUUGCUUUAAAAGAGCCAAUGCAAACGACACUGAUGACAAGACAAGUUGCUAAACUUAAUGGGUUCUCUUAGAAAUUAAAUUAUCUUAAUGUUAUAGCUUAAGUAGGGCGGAUUGCAAGAGGAUUUUUGUUCUAGGUCCAGAAUAGUUCAUUGUUGUCAGAAGGAUUUUAUACAAGCUGAGGUUCUCAUUAGCAGCGUCUGGCGAAGUUAAUGAGAAAAAGAAACUUGAGUCCUGUAGUGCAGUAUUUCUUUUGUUUUCUGACACGGGUUAAUCUUUAUAGGCUUUUAUACAUGCCACGAGAGAAAACGACAAGAAAAAAAUAUUGUAAACAUAUUUUGGAAGUUCUUGUUUUGUUAUUGAAGAUGAGAGUUCUCUUUCUGAAAGCAGAGAGGAAGUUUUUGAGGGCUUAUGAUGAUGCUCUUAUGACAUUAUACGCUGCUGGUUUGCCCUGUUCUCUUUCUGAACGUGAUGCACUACAACUGUUCUCCGAAAAAUGUGAGUCGGGUGUUUAAAAUGAAAUGCACUGAAAUACCCAGAUCUGCAGUACUGCCUCUCAUUUACACGCUCUGACCACUAGAGGGCGCCACAGUUACUCAUGUCAGGAGACAAAAUCCUUCAUAUAUGUUCAUCCUAAGCCUAUAGCACUGUUCAAGGAAAUUCAAAGGUAAUUUUGACACAAGUUACUCUCUAACCAAGAAAGAAAAGUUAUUGUUAACGUAGGACAGCUUUGAGCAUCCAUAGUAUCUUGCUUGUGUGUUGAAAAAAUUGUCGGCGAAUUGUGAAGGCGAACAUUUGUGCCUAUUGCCAUGCAAGCAGCUGGAAGUGUGUUGAAAAUAAUUUCAAAACUCUUAAUUCUUUGUGUUUAAAGUACAUAUUUAAAAUUGCGACGUUGUAUUUCUGAAAUAUUGUUGCAGUUUUGCCAAAGCAGCCCUAACUUUUUUUCUUUUUUAUAUACUAUAUAUAUAUAGGAAAAGCAGAUUUGGCAUGUUUGUAUUGAGAAAAUACAUGAAAGGAUUUUAUUUUGAUAUUUUCAUGAGAUUUUGAUGAAGGGCUCGAGGCCUUUAAUGCUUGUCCAGGAGUUUUUAGCACAUUUAUGGUUAGUAACAUGCGGUGGAGAAGACGUGUGUUGCAGGUUUUUAAAUGUGCUUUCGUUUGGUUUGGUAAAUUGUUACUAAUCUGUAAAUAGACUCGAAAGGGAGUUAACUACUCGAGGUUCAGACCAUGUCGACUGUAUUCGUUACACUUUUUAUAGAUUUAUGAAGCUGUACUGUAUGAACGAGGUUUGAUAUCUGCCUCUGAAUUUACGUUUACUGUAUUUCAUAUGUAAAUGUUGAUUAAUCUGUACUGAGAGGGCAAAUUAAUCUGAUCACAUUUGCAUUUUUUGGCAAAUUGAUCAUUUAUGUCAAGAAAUAUUAGCAAUAAAUAUCAAAAACCCA